CUUAAAGCAAAGCUAGAGCAAAGCUUGGUGCAGUUAAAUGCUUUGAAUGGCUCACUGGAGAUGAUGCAAAAUGGCGGUGAGGAGAAUGCCAGCCAGGAUUCCAUGCAGAGGCAAAGGCUGUCGACCCCUGAGUUCUUCGCUUUACAGCAUAAGGUUCAGAAACUGGAGGAGUGGCUGAGGGAAUCUUGCUCCCAAUUGCAGUUCGUAACAGUAUCGACAGAAGGAAAUGAAAAAGAGCAGAAUAUGUCACCAUCUGAGAUAAGCAGAUUUAGGAAUAUAAUCAAUGAUAUUAAAGAUGCUGUUUCCAAAGCAGAAAGUAGAACACAAAAGGCCGAAGCAAGGUGUGCAGAGCUCACUCACACUAAUGUACAACUUAAUGGGGAGCUAAAUCAUAUGAAGACUCGGGGGUCAGAUAAGGCAGGCUUAUUGGAAAUGGAUCUUAUGGAGACAGAAGCUCAGUUAGAGCAUACAGUGGCAUCAGUUGAGGCUAUUAGUGAACAUCAGAGCAUGUUAAAGUCUUCAAUCUCUGAUAUGCAACAUGUGAUUGAAGAUCUGAAGGAUAAGUAUUUGAAAGCUGAAACCAGGGCUGAGAAUGCUGAAUCAAAAUGUACAUUGUUGACAGAUACCAAGUUCGAGCUUAGUGAAGAGAUAUCAUUUCUGAGAGGUCGAGUUGGAGGUCUAGAGAACUCGUUACGCCAAGCUAACCAACUAAAGCUGUCCACUGCAAAAGAUAUUGGUAUUAAAACUAAGACCAUCACUGACUUGGUUGCGAAACUUGCAUUGGAAAGAGAACGCCUUCAUCUGCAGAUUGUCACGCUAACAAGGAAGAACAGGAUGUUGACUCAAAAAUGCAAAGAGAAUGUCAAUGAAGGCACCUUGUUAAGCAAAAAGGUUACUGCUAAUGAAGGUGAACUCAGGCCGACUGGUGUAAUAGAGGAAGUACUUCUGGAUUCUUCAUCAAUGCAGACAAAGGUGAAGGCUGACGCUCUUAUUGGAGAGAAGGAAGCUGGGAUUACUGCUGUGCUUGAUGAUGAAUCUUGCACUCUUGAGACCGUGCGUUCUAUUGAGCCAACACUCCUGAACUGGAAGUACAUUUUCGUGGCAUUCCUUUUCUUGUUGGCUGCCGCUCUUGUGCACCUACAACUAACGUACCCUGUAUUACCAGGUAGUAUGUAAUAGGUCCCGUCUUGUAAUGAUGCAGAAAUGGCCAUCCUAUUUCUGUCCCGCAUUUGUCGUACGGGUAGCCAAUCUUAGUAGUAGCCACCGUCUCAAGUGCUGAUCCCGCCGUUACACGAAUUAUGCAGCAAGCUUUCCGAUCUUUAUCUGGAGGGGAAGGCAUACUGUCUGACUACAGAGUUGAAUCUGCGCAUCUAAUCUUUAGCACUACGGUUUCUUGAUCUUUGAAUUCUAAACCGAUUCAUAUAUGGAUACCUCUUCUGAUUUUAUGUGAAAAGUUUUCUUGCUCU